AUGGGAAAUAUGUUAUUUUGGUCGAUCCUUUUCAUCUCUGGAUGGGCCCUCUCUGAUGGGUCUGAAACAGAACCAGACUUUACGUGGCACUUGAGCAGAGUACCGCAGGUUGUGAGUGAGAAGACGAUCCGUCUUGCCAGCCCCACCUUCCGGGCGGAUGCUGGGGUGGUGAAGGCCACAGCGUGUGGCAUUGAAUGUCAGGAAGCUCUCCCGACUCCCAGCCUUUCCCAGCUGGAAGAUUCCCUAUCCUAUGAGACCGUCUUCGAGAAUGGCACCCGAACCUUAACCAGGGUGAAAGUUCGAGGUCUGGUCCUGGAACCCACUCAGAACCGCAGCGUCAAAGGAGCACGGCCUCGGAGAAGGAGGCAGGUGUACGGAACGGACAGCAGGUUCAGCAUCUUAGACAAAAGGUUCUUGACCAAUUUCCCUUUUAAUACAGCAGUGAAGCUGUCCACCGGCUGCAGCGGAGUCCUCGUUUCCCCCAACCAUGUGCUCACAGCUGCCCACUGUGUCCAUGACGGGAAGGACUAUGUCAGAGGCAGUAAAAGGCUGAGGGUGGGCGUGCUGAAGAUGAGAAACAAAGGCGGCCGCAAGAAACGCAGAGGUCCCAAGAGGAGCCCGAGAGAAGCAGGGAGCGAUGGUCACAGUCAGGAGCAUCCUCAGGAGAGCACCACUCAAAGACCCGGGAAAAAAUCCAGGCGUGGCCCGAGAGUCACCCAAGGAAGGCCUUCCUUCCAAUGGACCCGCGUCAAGAGCACCCACAUUCCCAAAGGCUGGGCGAGGGGAGAGAAUGGGGACCCGGCCUUGGACUAUGACUACGCGCUCCUGGAGCUAAAGCGCGCGCACAAGCAGCAGCACAUGGAGCUGGGAGUCAGCCCCACCAUCUCCAAGCUGCCCGGAGGCCGGAUCCACUUCUCUGGAUUUGACAACGACAGGGAUGAUCAGUUAGUGUAUCGGUUUUGCAGCGUUUCCGAGGAAUCCAAUGACCUCCUGUAUCAGUAUUGCGAUGCUGAGGCAGGCUCCACCGGCUCCGGGAUCUACCUGAGGCUCAAAGAGCCAGGCCAAAAGAAUUGGAAGCGCAAGAUCAUCGCGGUCUACUCGGGCCACCAGUGGGUGGAUGUGCACGGAGUUCAGAAGGACUACAAUGUGGCUGUGCGCAUCACUCCGCUCAAGUACUCCCAGAUCUGCCUCUGGAUCCACGGAAACGCUGCCAACUGUGCUUACGGCUGAGGGAAAACUGAAGCGACUUCAUGUGCAUCUUGAAUCCCCAGAGAAAGCCAGCUCUCAUUGUGAGACUAUGCCUGGACUUGGACUUUCGGUGAUUUUUACAGCGUUUUUACAGA